UUAUACUAAUGGUCUCAGUUGGUAAUUUUCCUUCAAAGAAAUUAAAAUUUACAGACAUCAAUACAAUACUAAAAGGAGAAUAAGGGCUCCUCUCAUGCUUCCACGUCAUCUUUUUUAUUCCACGUCUGAUGGGCUGAUGGGCUAGCUUAUUUUUUUUUUCGUUAUGCUUGGCCCGUAAGCCCGUAGCUUUGGAGAAACGAGAGAGACGCAUCGAUCCAUCCGUAACCCUUAUCUUCUUCUCUCUCGCGCAAGACUGCAAUCUCCCUCUGAGCCCUUUCAUUUUCUUCCGUUGUCUCUCUCAACUUUGUCUGCAAACACAAUUUUUUUCUUUCAACUCCUCACCUUCAUUAACGCUCAACGAGGUUCAACACAUCCUUCUAAAUUCCCUUGAUUAUUGUGAUUGUCAUUCGACACGGAGGAACCGACCUCCUACGCCUUCGCUUCAUCUCCAUGUUCAAGGUAAGGACAACCACAUCACCGUGCUCUACUUCGACACGGAUGUACCGAUCCCCUCCGGCUCAUGGUGAAUCCCGUGCUCAACCAUCUUUUCUAUGGAUUUCUUCAAAUCCAAGUACAUAUCUUCUGGUUCUUUGGUGUAUAAUCAUUUGUGGUUAAAGAGGAGGAUGAGACGCUGCGUGGAGGUGGCUAAGGGUCGUUGGCAUUUUUACCUUUGUUAACGGUGGUGGAAGCUCCAGAAGAUGAUGUUAUAGGGGUUUGUUGAUAUGAUGAGAAGUAGCUCUUUAUCUAGAGCCUUCAAUCUGUUUUUUUUUUUCCAAUCAGUAGGAAGAAAGGAGGCUGCAAAGCUUUAGAAAAGUACUUUCAAAUAAUUGUAAUGACGGAGGCAAUGUACAGGAGUCUAACUUUAUUUGCAUAGAGUAAAUUUUAUUAAAAUUGAUCUGAUUGGAGAAUGGAUUUGGUCGUGAUGGUGAGAAUGUUUGGAUUUGAAUUUGAAUUUGCAUUCAGCUUCCUAAGUGUAUAAUUGAACAUUAGGAGUUUUUUCGUAUUGGUUUUAUUGAUAGUAUGAUCUUGCUGAUGAUUAUGGUUUGUUGUUCUCUCCACAGACAGCUGUUAGUGCUUUAUAUUCUCAGCUCAAAGAGCUCCAGAAGAAGGAUGCAGACAUGAAGGAGCGUGACAAAAUGUUGUACUCAAAGGUACUUCCUUUUCUUUGCAGGAAAACAGAUCAUAUAUCUUUUAGGUCCCCUUUUUGGUUUUAUAGCUAUCCCCCUUCCAAAUAUAUGAAGCAGUUUAUAUCACAAAUGCAGGGGGACACUGAUUCUACGAGUUGGUCGCUAGAGGCACUGAUCUUCCAUUGGCAGCAACACUGCUGAAAGCAUAUGCAAAGGUUGAGCCUCUGACAAUAGCUGAGCUCAAUUAUUUAUUAUCACUGCUCCAUCCCAGGUAAAAUAACUAGCUGUCUUAAUUUGUAGAUGUUAAUGGUAUGGCUCUGUUUGUGAUUCUGAUAUCCAAGAUGUAGGACAUUGACUUCAUAUGUACCAGGAGAGUUGCUCGCGUUGACAUGGACAAAGGGUGGUGUUAUGUUGCAUGCUCCAAUGCAGUAAAACUGCAGCACACUGUCUCCUCUAUUGCGUUUGUGCGAUGCGACAAUGCUCAUGCUGUCGGGACUUUCCGCUAUCGCGUGGAGACGGCCAUUGCUGAUGGUACUGCUGAAGGUGCAUUCUUUUGUUUUGAUGGUGUAGUGACGAAAUUACAUAGCCUCAGAGCAAGUGAAGCUGGUCAAAUGCUGGCUGAAGGAGUAAACCCUGAGGACUUUAAGAUGCCUCCAUUUACUACCCAUAUAGAAGCAAAGUCAUACACUUUCCAAUUCAGUGUUAGUACAUAUAACUUCACAGCAAUCAGACAUUCACCAUCACGCUCAUUCUCGAUGAACGUGACCGUGUGCCAGUCCCUGACGUUGUCGACAACAUAGGUAGCGAUGAUGAUGGGGACGACAUGCCAGAUGGCAAUCCAAUUCGUGUUAAGGUGGAAACUGGAGGGAGCAGUGGUGAGGCAGCGUUCAAUGCUGAUACAGAUCCAGUUGGUGUGCGCAGAAGAAGACGGCCAACUCAUCUUCCGAGGUGGUUAAGAAGACGUGUGUGGCUUGAGAUAGACUAGAAAGAACUAUAAACACACUACUCAAAAUUUAAAUAAUGCUUAUGCAUCUUCAUUUUCUUUCGCGUAUUGGUUAUCUAUGUUUUUGUCUUUCUCCAAUUUUUGGGUACUAUAUUUGUCAUACAAUCUUCCUAAUAUGAGUUAUCUACCUAUUAACUUUCCACUACUAAUUUAUUUUUACUUAUACAUUUGUUUAAAACCUUUUGAUUCAAAAUGUGAGAAAAUAAUAUAUUUUUUUGUUAAAAUUUCCCAGAUUAGAUUUAUUAGAUAACAUGUUAUUUUAAAAAAAAAAUUAUAUGUUUAUCAGUGUUUUAAAAACUGGACCGGCCGGUUGAACCGGUUGGACCGUGAUUCACUCUUCUAACCGGUUCCAAGUUUGGCUAAGAACCGGAUUUAAGUUGAACCGGCACCAAACUCGCUAAUACCGGUGAUCCGGUUCAAUACUAAAAUCCAGUUUACUCAAAUUUAAGUUUAUAAUUAAAAAAAAAAUUGUAAUUUCUUAAGAAAAAAAUCAUAAAACUUCAUAUUUUAUUUUAAUAUCUGUCUAAAUAAAUUAGUUUACAUUAUCUUUACAUUUUAUUUUCAUUUAUAAAAAUAAUUAUGUAUUAUGCUAUAUAUUUAGUACUUAAUUUAAAAGUGAAUUAAAUUUUUAAAUCCCGGUUGAACCGGUCCGACCAUUGACCCAGAUAUAAUGCCGAGUCAGUGUCCGGCUUGGUUUUAAAAAUAUUGUAUUUAUUUGAACCAUUAAAUUUUAAAAUUAUUAUUUAUUGGUGUUGGAGUAUAGUUAAUGAUUAUUUUAUUUUUAUCGCAUUAAUGCAUUGGUUUUAUUAUAAACCUUAAUCUUGAUUGGAGCCUGAAUAGUAUGAUAACAAGUAAAUAUUAAAAGUAUAAAGUCUAAUUAUUAGGGCUCAUGUUUUAUACAAUCGUUAAUUUACCUUAUAAUACAUGUUAUCAUCGUUAAAAGCUAUAAUGACAUCUACUAAACUUAAUAGUUAAAACCCGUAUAAUAUGAGCCGCAAAGUUGAACAUGAUAUCAAACUAUGAGAUUUAUGCAUAUCCUGUUGUUGUAAUGUCUGACUGUAUUUCCUUACGUAUUAUCAACCAUACGUUAAGACUGAUGAAAACCAGCUCAUCGAACUGCCUGAUGCAAACAAAUCAGACUAUACAGUUAUUGUUUCAGAUUAUAUAUUUUAAAAUAUUUUUAGUUAUAAUGAAUAAGUUAUUUCUUUUAUAUCGUGUAAAACAUUAAUUUUAAGGAAAAUUGUAUAACAAAAAAGAAAAAAUAAA